AUGGGUGGCCUUGUCCGACUUUCUCUGCGGCGCAUGGCUCUUGAUUGCAGUGACACCCUGGACGAGAUCCUGGACGAGAUCCUGGACGAGACCCAGGGCGAGACCUUGGACGAGAUCCUGGAUGAGUCCCAGGGCGAGACCCUGGACGAGAUCCUGGGCGAGAUCCUGGACGAGAUCCUGGACGAGACCCCGGACGAGACCCCGGAAGAGACCCCGGACGAGACCCAGGGCGAGAUCCUGGACGAGAUCCUGAACGAGACCCAGGGCGAGAUCCUGGACGAGAUCCUGAACGAGACCCUGGACGAGAUCCUGGACGAGACCCUGGACGAGACCCAGGGCGAGAUCCUGGACGAGAUCCUGAACGAGACCCUGGACGAGAUCCUGGGCGAGAUCCUGGACGAGAUCCUGGACGAGACCCCGGACGAGACCCCGGAAGAGACCCCGGACGAGACCCAGGGCGAGAUCCUGGACGAGAUCCUGAACGAGACCCAGGGCGAGAUCCUGGACGAGAUCCUGAACGAGAUCCUGGACGAGACCCUGGACGAGACCCUGGACGAUAUCCUGGACGAGAUCCUGGACGAGACCCUGGACGAGACCCUGGACGAGACGCUGGACGAGCAGUGCAGGUUUUUUCAGUCCUAG